AUGUUUCGCUCACCACUCUUUGCUUGGUCGCCACGGCCACGCCAGGGCCAGCAUGUCGACGCUUCUCCAGCAACAACACACUCACUACCCAACGGCUCUUCCGUCUAUUCACCAGCCCUCACCACCGACACCAACACCACUCCGAAAAUACAGUUUCGAGGAUUCUGGAGCCGCCAGCAAUCGCCUGACCCAAAUGCUUCAAACGUCUCCCUUGAUGCUCCCCACGGCUCGGGCAAUUCAGCAUUGCCACUGUCCCCUCCCCAGGCACAUCACACCGCAGGCUCGUAUAUUGAUGCUAUUACCCCGUCUCACGACCCUCCGGAGCCAACAACACUAUAUUCGCGUCAUCCGGCCGACGUGCAAUUACCACAUGACUCAAGCAACCCCGCGGACCCAGAGACUCGGGAACUCGCAGACGAAGUGAACGGAAGGCGACGUAGACGGCGCCGAAGGAGAAAUCCCCGCGGCACUGAACGCCCUGAACAAUGGGUGCGUAGAAGAGACGAGCGAGGCACUGCCCAAAUCUACGUCAAAGGAUCCGCUGCACGGGGAAAGAUGGUUGCUUGUGUGAUUUCUGGAACCUUUCUGAUCGCCAUUCUGUCUAUUUACCUGGCGUUCGCCCUGACUGACAAGAACCUGGGCCAAGAAAUCCACAUCCUCUUCAUCAUGGUGCUGCUCACCAUUACAAUCUUCUUCUGCCACUCACUCAUCCGCCUCUGCAUGCUCAUGCUCAAUCCCCCGAGCGAAGAGCAGCGUUUUGUGCCCAACAUGUCUGGUGCUGAGGGCUUUCAGCCCAUCAUACCCAUCCGUGUCCACCUGCAGCGCGAUGAAGAAGCCACACUAGAAAGCGAAGGUGCUCUAGAAAGCGACGGCAACGCAGACGACUCGGAGAAACACAUGCUACCACCUCCUCCACCUGCCUACGGCCUUUGGCGCAGCAGCGUCCGCGCAGAUCCAAAUCUCCUCCAUUGGCAACGCGUAGACCAAGCCAACCCACGAGUAACGUCACGUGGCCGGCGUUCUCGCAAUAGCCCUGAGCCAGAAGCUGCCGCACCCGAGCCAUCUGCCCCAGAGGGCCCCCGGCCACCGUCUUACGUCUCAGAAGACGGCGUAAGUUACAUAGUCGAAGCUACUCCCCGCUCGACUGUGAUUGCCGAGAGUCAGACAGGAAACAGUGAAAUACAUCCUGCGUGGCGACCAGGCUACGCCAUGAGUGAAAUCAGAAGCGGCGAGUUGCCUAUUACCGGCAACACCAGGCCAUGAGUAUAAAAGAAUACGACAUCUACUCUCCUCCUACUCGUC